GAUUACAUCAUUUGUUCACAUUCAGAUACAAAACCGCGUUUUUAAACAUUCGAAAAAGAACUAAAAAAUAUGGAUUUUCCAUAUGAAAAGUUAGAAAAUUUCUUGAACCGAAUUCAUAAAGCAGUAAAUAAUGCAAGACGAAAUGGAUUUCGUUACAAGAAGCAAUCUCGCUAUGAAGAUAUUCGAGAAAUAUUCGAAUAUUAUGAUUUGAAGCCGUAUUUCUAUGGCUCGAGAGUUAUGGGAAUCGCAAAACAUGACAGCGAUUUGGAUAUUUACAUGAAUGCCGGUAAUGUCGAAUUAAAUCAAACGGAAGCCUUCAAAAAGGUUAAAAAACUGGCAGCACUUCUAGCGAAGCAAGAUGAUUGGCAAGUUGUCAUUCCAUUAUAUGCAAGAGUCCCGGUAUUGCGAUGCAUUUAUCUUCCGAAACACUUGAAAUGAUGGAACGCAGCUUUCAAUGGGAAUCGUACAUUGGAAAAUUAUCGUUGCGCUCGAAUGGGAUAUUUCAAAAGAUAUCUUCAAAGCUUCUUUUCUUAUUAUCAUCAGUUUGACUACGAUAAUUUUGUUAUUUUUCCAUAUUAUGGCAAACCAAUUCCGAGAAAGCUUUACACUAAUUGCCAAGCUAUGAAAAGAUUUUCCCACAAGGACCUUCAUCUGUUCAAUUUAAACAAGCCAAUGGCAUCUGCUGCUCUCUUCUCAUGUGACUCGAAUAUCUUUUGGAAUGUUGGAAAACAACGUGCAAGUGAUUUUGUCGACUUUUGUUACAACACACGCGUUUUCUUAAACAACAAUUCCUUUUAAAUAUUUCUUAUUAACAUUUUCUGCGACAUUUAUUAACAUUUGAAUUUCUGAAAACACUUCGCGAUGCGAACCUUAAAGAAUUUUUCAUUUGACUAUCCUUUGAACAGAAUAAUUUUAAUGUCAUGAAAGAUUUGAAAUGUAAAACUAAAAUGUCGCGUAAUAAUGAAUCAGCAAUUCUCAAACUCAAACAAUGUUGCCUGCUAAAUAAACAUGCUAAAGAUGCGUUAUAAAAGUUAAAAUAUUGUUGCUGAC